AUGCGCGAAAUGUAUCAGAUUGAGGAAGAGUACAGUCCCGGUAGCCCAGGAGAUCCGAUGAUGAAUGCGCUAAUGGGCAUGGAUCCUUUUUACGAUCGAUUUCCAUGGUUUCGAAUGAUUGGAAGGGCCUUUGUUUAUCUAAACAAUCUGGUACACAAUGUACCACUACUGCACAAAGUAGUGAUUGUAAACGAGAAAGCGGAGGUCCAAGGCCAUCUUCGUGUCGCAGUCGAGCCAGUCAUAGACGAUGAAAUAAAGCAGUGCAAAGGAGUUCAACAGUCUGUCAAAUGCCACUUUCGCAAAGAAGACUUUGUGAAGCAAGCACAGCGUGCAGAUGCUACUAUGGAAUCGAGUAACGAGCGCUUUGUUGAGGGAAUAAACACGAAGGAUGAUGAGACGCAGCAAGUAGUCGAGAAAGUGGAUGAAGAAGAUGAGCAGUAUCCGGAGCAUAUGCAGCCCGAUACGGAAUACUACUUCCGUAUUACAGUUAUUGAGGCUUCCGGUAUUUCCGAACAGUAUGGCGACGUCUUCUGUCAGUUCAAUUUUCUGCAUCGUCAUGAUGAAGCAUUUUCAACAGAACCUAUGAAAAAUACUUCAAAAACUCCACUCACUUUUAAUCACGUCCAGGUAAGCAGACUAUGGUAUUUGGUAAAUACAGUGCGGGUUCAUCUUAAUUAAGC